CACAACACUGCCGAACGCCGUUAAUCAAAGCUUGCCGGUCAAUUUUCACGGAAAGUCUGAAACUUGUCAAAUAAACACAAUUUCCAGGGAAAAGGCAUUUAUAUAUUUGUUCGGUGAUUCGAUACUUGUUUUCCUCCGUGCACAUAAGUGAAAACGAUGCCUUUCGGUAAUAAGGGGACCGAUCCAGGUUCCAUUGCCGCUCGGCUCCGGCAUCGCUAUGGGAACCUCACUUCCCCAUCGUUGAAAGACGUCACCAAAAUAAAGGCGCCAAAAGCACCGAACGCAUUGCCGAAAGCUUUCGAGCCAUUGCCGCUUACCGAAUUGGAGGCCGAACAGCUGGAGUACUUGGAGUUCGAGAGUGGCCUGCUCAGCAUUUCCAGCUCCGACCAGGAGUUCACCACUCAGAUCCAGCCGGAGGAGCAGCCGAAGCUGAAGUACGAACUGCCUGAGGAUUACAAGAGCACCAAGCUCUGCAUUUGCGUGCGUCCGCAAACCGCCUACGAAUGCGAUCGCUGCCAUCAUUACUUCUACGGUCGCAUCGCCGAGAUCUGCGAGAAGCAUCCCCAGGAGUUUUUCCUCAUGGACAUCCGGUCCUGUCCAUAUUGCAAGGCCCCAAUCGAGAUGGUUAAGAAGUCGCCCAUCAGCUGGGAGACAAUACGUAAAAUUGAGGAUUCGGACCUGCCCAACGACGGGGAUCUAUAAUUAAGAGUUUGAGACUCAAGUUCAUGUUAACCUAAUUUACAUUAUUUAAUGUAUAAGUUAAUGUUAAUACUAAUGUCCGAAUACAAUGGUUCGUCGACUGAAGCUUUUA